UUAGUGUAGGCGUGGUCGCCGUUAAGGUAUGUCCACACAGAGCAGAGGGGGGAAGUAAUAAUUCGUGUUUGAGGAAGAUGGCGUCUGCAAAGAAGGCUGGGAGCGGUGUUCUUGAAAAAGCAGUAAACAGAAGACGCUCGUCAAAACACAAAGAAGGUCCAAUAGCAAUGGACACCAAGGCAGCAUUCACUGCCUUGUAUGAUGUGUGUCAAGAAAAUGCCAACUUCUUCUCUGGGGCCUCAAAGGGCCAAGCUGGGGACGCAGUCCAGCGCCUCGUGGAUGCCAUGACCACCAUCCAGGAGCACGCCAGGAGCCUGGAGCCUGUCAUCUCUGGAUUUGCUGCUAUCUACCACCACUUUGACUUUGACCCUCAUAUUCCUGCCAAUGGAUAUCGCUCCCUUGUUAAGGUGGUGCGCUGUUGCCUCCUCCACAUCAUCCACAAAGGGCGCUAUAUCACAUCAAACAGGCGAAGCAUCUUUUUCCGUGCGAGCCAUAAUGCAGCAGAGAUGGAGGCGUACUGUAGCGCUCUGUGUCAGCUCAGGGCGCUGCUCUAUCUAGCUCAGAGACUGCUUCAUGACAACAGCCAUGGCAACCUUUUCUUCCAGGAGGAAAGUGGCCUCAGUCAGAGCUUCCUGAGAGAGUACACCUCCAUGCACAAGGGCUGCUUCUAUGGCCGCUGUGUUGGAUUUCAGUUUACUCCUGCCAUCCGUCCAUGCCUGCAGUCAAUUGUUAUUAGCCUGGUUGCCUUCGGGGACUACUACAAGAAACUUCAAUCAGGGAUAGUGGAGGCAGGAGAUGUUGCUACAUAUGGUGUAGCAGCAAGUUCUUUCCUGACCUCUGGGAAGUAUGCCAUUGACCCUGAACUGAGAGGUCAGGAGUAUGAACGUAUCACUCAGAACCUGGAUGUUCAUUUUUGGAAAGCAUUCUGGAACGUAACGGAGACUGAACUUCUAUCAAGUCUGGUGUCUAUGACGGCCACACAGGUGAAGGUGAAUCGAGCUCUUUCUGUCCCCCCCUUGCCCUUUGACCUGCCACUGGCGGCAGAUCCCACCCACAUGGUGACUGUGUCUCCUCCUGCAGCUCAUAUUGGCCUGGGGCCUGUGCAGAUGAGAUUGAUCUCAUAUGAGCUGAGAGAAGGACAGGACAGUGAGAAAUUACUAGCACUGUGUCGCUCAGAGGGGGGUACGAUAUCUCUUUCAUUGGGCCUGUGGACGACGCGCAGUCCUCCUUCCCCAUGGCUGGUGUUGCACUUCCACGGAGGAGGCUUUGUGGCACAGACUUCCAAAUCCCAUGAGCCGUAUCUGAGGAGCUGGUCCCAAGACCUGAAUGCCCCUGUCCUUUCGGUGGACUAUUCUCUGGCCCCUGAGGCCCCGUUUCCUCGGGCUUUGGAGGAAUGUUUCUAUGCCUACUGCUGGGCCAUCAAGAACCACAACUUGCUAGGUUGGACCGGUGAGCGUGUGUGUUUGGCCGGUGACAGUGCAGGAGGAAACCUGUGUGUGACCGUGUCAAUGCGGGCCGCUGCUCACGGUGUGCGCAUGCCGGAUGGCAUCGUCGCCGCCUACCCCGCCACCCUGCUCACCGUGUACGCCUCGCCAUCCCGCCUGCUCACCCUCAUGGACCCUCUGUUGCCCCUCAGUGUGCUCGCACGCUGCCUCAGCGCUUACGCAGGCACAGAUCCACAGGUGGAGAAGCAGGUGGAGAAGGUGAGCACUUUCAGCAUGGUGAGGAGAGAUACUGCCCUGCUGCUGCGAGACUUCAAACAGGGGGCCUCCAACUGGAUCAAUUCACUGCUGGACAGAGGGAGUGCAGACUCUGUAAGAAAGAGCAUUUCAGAAGUGUCUCUGACGUCUCCUCAUGCAGACCCUCCGGUGUCUGGCAAGGCAUCUGUAAACUCUCUAGAGAAAGGGUCUCUGAAGAGCCAGACGUGCCAGGACUUGGGCACACACACUAACAGCUGUGCCAGCGACGUACAGAAAAAUGGCAGCCAGACUGCCAACCACCUCAGCACCACCCCAGACAACCACAACUCCAUCCUUGACAUCACACUGACACCCGAGAGCAAGCCAGAGGAUGUGAGCUUCUUCCUCUGCAAAGAAGUAGAUUCCUCAGUAUCAGAAUCCUUUUCAUCUGUGGCCAUUCCGCCCCCUGGUGGUGAGGAGGACUCUGAGAAACCCCGGGAGUUUCCAGAGGGCUUUGAGCCUCUGCGGUCGGAGCAAUUAGCAGAGAUGAACAUGCAGAGUUCUCCCAUUGUCAGAAACCCCUACAUGUCCCCUCUUCUGGCUCCAGACAGCAUGUUAAAGGGACUACCUCCCAUACACAUAGUGGCCUGUCAUCUGGACCCCAUGCUUGACGACUCUGUGAUGUUUGCCAAAAGGCUGCGAAAUGUCGGUCAACCAGUGACCCUGUGUGUCGUGGAUGACCUUCCUCAUGGCUUCCUUAGUCUGUCACAGCUCUCGAGGGAGACUCGGGAGGCCGCAAACUUAUGCAUGGAGCGAAUCAGGGAUGUCUUCACCAUGAAAGAUCCUCCCCCAGAAAUGCGCAAGCACCGCAAACUGGAACGGACCAAUCAGAAGCCUUCUGUUACCAAAAGAGACCACCCUCCGCCUUCGCAAGAGGCCGUGCAGAAGGAGGAGGGGUUAUUUGUUGGAGGAGGGGCUCCUGUUGUGGAUGAGGAGGGGCUUGCUGGUUUUUACCCUCCCACUACAUCUGAAGCUGAAAAGAUUCUGGCUUAGAUUUUGGCCUGGUUCCGUUCUGAAUGAUACCAAAGGAGAUACAUAUGGUUAGAGUAAGGUUAUAUUAUGUGAAUAAUGCAGUGAUUAUAGUGGAUAAGAGUAUAGAGAGAAUAGGAAUUAACCAACUAUUAAAUGAAAACGUAUGAAAGACAUUAUAAAAUAUUUAGUUUAAAGUUCAAAUUAGAACAACUCUAACUCAACUCAGCUUUUUUACUCAAAUGUGGUUGUGUACCCAUGCACUCCCUUUACAUCUGUUUACCUCCUUGCCUUUUGUUGCAUUAUACCAGCACAAAAACUAAUAUCCUGCCUUGUACAGAAACAUCCCAGCACAUAACUUUCAUUGAAAGACAUCACAAAUGGAUGUAUAAAACCAAACCUCACUCCUUAUAGCACCAACUGUUUUUAUACAUUAAUGAAAUCGGUCUACAAACUGUGAUUUAAUAUUAUGCCUGUGUGCUACAGUUUAAACUCCAUAGAGUGCAUUGCUGUUCGGCAUACUGGAGCAAACUGACAAAAGCAUUUAUUAAUGGUUGAAUUUUUCUUUAAUAGUAGCUUUUGAAUUAUGUAUAACACUGAAGUAUAAUAUGGUGUUACUGUGUAUGUUAAUCACCCUUUCUGAAUCUACCUGCCUCUUGGCUCCUCGAGGAUGUCCUGUGUGGGUAGCAGUUGAAUGGGAUUUCUGAUGCUGCUUUGUCCUCAUAGAGUUUAAUGAUUAUUAAAUGCAAUUAAUCAUGAUCAAAUUUCCACAAGUGUUCUGUGGAAGGAAAGCUCGAGUUACGCAAAACACGACACAGACUUUGUGAUAUAGUGUUACUUGUGUUGUGUGGUGUCCUGUCUUGUUAUACUCAAAAUAGUUUAUUAGUCAAAUAGUCUAUUUUGUCUUAUGUUAUUUUCUUAAUGGCUCAGAGAAUUUUGUUUAUUGUCUGUAAAUGUUUACUUAAAAUGCUAGUUCACCCAAAAAUGAAUAUUGUUCUAAUUUUUCACCCUCACAUAAUUAAAAAUCUGUGACUAUUUCUUGAAAAACCGUUUUUGCCCAAAUGAAAACCAGUGGGGUCCAAAGCAAACCAACAUGGGACCACAUAGAUUUUUAUUGUGUGUGUGUGUGUGUGUGUGUGUGUAUAUAUAUAUAUAUAUAUACUUUUUUCACAAAACGAUGGAAGCCAUACAGUUUUGAAUGACAUGCAGGUGAAUAAAUAAUGCCAGAAUUUUCAUUAUUUGGAUGAGUUUCCCUUUUAUAUAUACUGAUUUGAAAACUGGGCAAGAGCUUAGGGGAGGAAGAAAAGAUGGGCUAUACCUCUCUGUCUUCCUUUAUUUUUCCAUAUCCCUUGUUCCUUCAGUCGGUUUGUUUCCCUCUGUUAACAAUUGUGUCGUCUGUCCCUGUGCACGCUGACCCAUUUUGAGUGCACUCUUCAGUUCUCACCCAGCCCAUCCUAGAGGUAUUUUAAGCAGACUCCCUCAACACCCAGCAACCUUGGGCCAAUGAAAUCUUUCAGUCUACACAUGUGUGAUACAUACUGCUGUGAAAGCAUGUCUCUGUUUGAAUCAGGUCGCCUCUUUCUCUAGCACUAAUUGACUCUAUUGAGUCUCGGAAAAAAAUAGCCAAUGUUUUGCCACUCCAUAAAGUUUAUUAGUGCUGUAUGGGAGGUUUGGGCCUUUGUGUGCACAGCUUUGCUAAAUGACAGUAGCCUGAACUCCCACAGUGUGUUUAUAUAUAGUACACAUAUCCUAUUUAAAGUAGUGUCAACUUCGUUAUUGAAACAACGAUCAGUUAUAACUCCACUUGCUGCCAUUUUAAGAUUUGCUCAGCUAAGUGGCACAGCCUGACAUGUCUUUUGGGACAUUAUAUAUUCCAGUCAAACGCCUCUUCUUUAUCGGUGUGUCUAUGAUUGGAUUAAGCCAGAGCUAUCUGCUGAGAGUAAACAAUGCUCCAUCUACUGAUGAUUGCAGCAUUUGAGAGUGAGUUUAUAAUAGUGUCACGAUAUAAAAAGAUUUGCUUGCUUGCUCUUUUCACAGUGUCAGAGCUGCUCCUUUCUGGUGACAGAUUUGAAAUACCAAAUCUUGGUUACUCUGCUGUUUUUGUUGGAGUGCACAUGCCUAGUCAUCUGUGCUUCUGUGUAUUUUUGUUCAGAUGGUUCCUGUUUCAGUCAGUUUGGUUCUGUAUGUGCUUGCCGUUGGUGUUCAGAAACUUGUUUGUUGCACUUUAUGUUCUAGCUGUGCAUGGAAAAGCUUCUCAAUACCAUUGUGCUUGUAGAUGUAAAGGCCAUUGUGUGUAGUCCCCUUAAGGAAACAUGACUAAAACAACCCGAACUGGGAGAGGAUGAUAAGACAAUAGGAUGCUCUGUGGUUAUCCGUUCCAGUCGAGAUGUCCCUGUAAGGCUUUUUUGGGUUGGACAAUGUAACCUUGAAUGCACUGCCGAGCAUUUCAACCUUGUUUUUCCACUUUUUUUCUGUGUGUGACUCUCAAACUGUCUCCCUUAGCGAGAGAUUACUCAUUCAUCACACGGGUGUUAUAUAAAACACCAUGUUAAUUUAGUCCUCUGUUUAAAAUGGCCAUACCUGCGUUACUGAGGCGAAACUGUGCUGCAUCAUCUCCCCUCAGAGGUACCAGCCCACUGAGUCGUGUCAUUGCAUUUUACAUCUGUUCUCAAGACUAAUAGUCAAUCUGUCACUGACUUGGAGUUUUAAUCAGUAGGUUGGUGUUUCGUUGUGUCAGAAUGGGUUUGCUGCAAGUGGUUUAGAGCUCCUGCCCUCUUGAAGUUCACAGACGGUGAUGUUACGCACUUUUAAGUGCAGGAUGUAAUGACCACUGCAGUAUCAUUUGCGAGGGUGCUGAUGUCUAUUCUCUCUUCAUUUUCACUGCCGUCAUUGAGUGAUACAAAAUCCUGAAGAACUGCAUUGUAUGUCCUGAGGCAAACAUUUUGCAUUCAGUCAGACCUGAUGUUUUCAGGACAAUCUGAGCAAAUAAGCACUUUAUAGUUAAGUGUAAACAGCAGCAGGGUGGCACAUUAGGGCGUCAUAUCAUUUUCUUUAUGAUUAUGUGAUUAUUUUUUUAUAAUAGUAGGCUAACUAUUAAUUAAUACAAUUAUUAUUGAGUGAUUAUAAUAUAAGGUGAUUAUAAUUGCAAUAAUAGUUAUAGUAUUAUAUUAGUAAUAGUAAUAAUAAUCAGUAUUAUUAUUUAUAUUGUUAUUAGUUUUGUUAUUAUUCCUCAUGUAAAAACACCGUAAGUGCAAACUUGUGUAUUUGGAAUGUGUAUACUGUAUAUGCAUAGAUUUAUAUGCAAGGUUUUUAUUUUAUUUUCUUGACAGAGUGUUUUAGAGACUUGUGAGGACUGUGGGAAUGUUACACUGAGAAAUGAGAGUAUUUUCUGCAGUAUGUAUUUUCCCUGUGUGAUUUAUAUCUGAAUAAAUAUUGUCUCUGUAAA